UAUCCCACCUCGUGAUGAAUUGGCUAUAAGAAACGAUGAGGAUUCAACUUCAAUUCUCAAAGAUGAGAUAGCAAAACAUCGAGAUAUCCCAUUCAUGCCGGUCGAUAUAGAAGAAGCUAAAGAAUAUAUUAAUAAUAUCCCCCAUUAUAUUCUUCGCCUUUAUGGUUCUCUUAUCAAUAGCCAGAAAGCGGUCGUAACGAUCACUGGUAUUAAGACAGCAGGGGGUAUUAUAAACAUGAGUCUGAUUCGAAUGGAAUGUAUAAAAGCAUUCCCUAUCCGUGGCUACCAUGCGGAAAAAAAGCCGUAUCUCCAUAUUAUUACAUCCAAUAAAGACCUAAGGUUUACUGCUUUCAAUAUUAUCUCAAGCUACAAUUCAAAGGUUGAUCCUGAAUGUAAAAUAGAGACAGCUUCAGACGAUACAGGCACAUAUUAUCGUAAAGUUGCAAGAGAGUAUCAGAUACCACUUUCCGGCUGGGGAUUAAUAGAUAAUUUUGAACCACUUUACAAAAUCUAUCCAUCUUCUCUCUUUACUUGCGACUGGACACUAGUUCUAACAUGGGACAUAGAAACACAUGAUUCACGCGGAUUAGGUAAUAAAGUCUCAGAAGCAAAAAAUGAAACAGCUCAAGUUUUUAUGAUUUGUAUGACUAUCCACUGGAAAGACGACCCAAAACCACUAGAACAAAUAUGUCUUGUUGAUGUUGAGACAGCACCGGACCCACACUGGACAACAAUUAUAUGUGAGAAUCAAGCCAAUUUAUUAAAAGCUUUUGCUUUAUGUUGGAAAUCUUUUGCCCCAGAUAUUGAGCUUGGUUUUAACGAUUCUGAAAAGGCUACUAAGUUAAAUGUUCUUAACUGGAUGGUUCAGCGAAUGUCAGCAAACCCGCAUAAGAAAGCUGAAACUAAUUCCAUUCUCACUUGGAAUUAUUUUGGUGAAACAGGAAAACCACUAACUAAUGGUUUCUUCCAAAGGAGCCAAUGGGUAAAGAAAGAGAGACAGGACAAGGAAAAAUAUAGUCUUGAUGGUAAAGCUGAUAUGCCUAUGAGCAAAUUAUGGAAGUAUUAUUCGGAAGCAAGGGAUAGGACUUCUGACUCUUCCGUCAAAAAUAUGCACGAAAUUGUAAAUUAUUGCGUUAUAGAUGCUCUACGUUGUCAGGAGCUCAUGGUGAAAGAGAAUGUCAUAAAAGAUUAUAGGGAAGUCGCUUCAAUUGCUUAUAUAUCAUUAUUUGACUCACAUUAUUAUGCCAUAAAAAAAAAAGUAUCUAAUCUUUUAGGCGCCGAAGCGUGGGCCCAAGACAUUCUAUUCAGUAUGAAAAAUUCUGACCAGAAAGCAUCUAAGAAGUUUCCAGGAGCAUAUGUAUUUCCGCUGGAGAGAGGUCUUGAAAAUAAGCGUCCUGUCACAGGUUUAGACUUCGCUUCCUUGUACCCUAGCAUAAUUAUGACUUACAACCUCUCACCCGAGAAGAUGAUCUCAACACUUUCGGAAGCAGAUGAGUUAAAGAGAGAAAAUAAAAUGCUCUACAGUAUCGAGUUCAAAUAUAACGGCGAAUUUGUGCGAGCUUGA